AUGGAUCCAGACUCGGAGCAAUUACGCAGUAUCCUGCAAUCCAAGAGCUGGUUCGGCUUCGACCUAGACGACACCCUACACGAGUUCCGCAAAGCAAGUCGCGCAGCAACAACACACUGCCUGAACCACAUCGCCAACAAAUACCAACCAACACUCCGAGAUCUUCAAGACCGAUACGCAAUCAUCCUCAAGCAAGGUACAGCCGAGGCUUUCACCGACGGCAAGACUUCCCACGAUUAUCGUCGAGCCCGCUUUACUGCCACGUUGAGCCAUUUCGGAUUGGACCACGACGACGUGUGCAUUGACGAAUUACUGAACACCUACGAACGUGUUCUCGUGGAUAAACUCACCCGCAAACCAGGAGCCACUUCUCUUCUCCAAGCGAUCAAAAGAUCUGGUCGGAAGAUUGCCGUCAUCACUGAGGGUCCACAGGAUGCUCAGGAGCGGGCAGUUCGAGAUCUGGGUAUCGAGCAGUACAUUGACUUUCUCGCUACCACGAAUUACUUUGGUGUAGCCAAGAUCUCGGGGCUCUUUGGUAAAGUCCUAGAACAUCUCAACGUUCAGCCGCACGACAUGGUAUUCAUCGGCGAUUCGCAAGAGCGUGAUAUAGAGCCCGCGACGAAAGAGGGCAUCUAUGCGAUUCACCUAGCCGAAGACCAAACGGAGCCUCUUGUGCUGCAACGUCGGAGUGUAAACUCAUUGGACGUUGUAGCUCGGCUGAUCUAG